AUGCGCUCCUCAGUGAAGCCAUCGGCGUAUCCGCCUCUCCCCUUCCACUUAAUCCGAUUCUUCAUCUUCCUCUCCUCCCUCGUCGUCGGCGUCAUCCUCGCCGUAUUCAUCUACCACCUCCACGCCGAUGGCUUCAAACUCCCCUACUCCUUCAUCGUGCUCCUCGUCUCCGCCGCCCUCUCCCUCGCAAACCUAAUCCUAACCUCCAUAAUCAACUGCACAUGCAGCCUCUCCACCAAACUCGCCAUCGCCCUCAACAUAAUCCUCACAAUCCUCUGGGCCCUAAGCCUAGCCCUCAUGUCCUGGAGCAUGGCCGGCUCAAUAACAACAUCCUGCACAACAGCAGUCUGGGGCAACACAGCAGGCAUAACAGUCUGCAGAUCCUACAAAGCCAUGUUCACAUUCACAGUGACAGGCCUUAUUUCCCACAUUGCCGCAAUCUGGCUUGAUGUUGUUGUCAGAAGACGAGAGACUCGAUUCGGCAAUUACGGUGCUAUGGGCUCUCAGCCUGGAUUGGAUGAUUCGGGGGCCUUUGAUGCUAAAAUGGAUGAUAGAAGGGAUGAUACGCCCUUGCAGGAUUUUCAUGAUUUGCCCAAUACUCAUGGCAAUUAUGGGAAUGCGUAUGGAAAUCAGGGCUAUGAUUAUCAGCAUGGUGCGCAUGAGAGGGAUUAUGAUGCGCAGUAUCAUGAUCAUGAGAAUGGGGGGAGGCAGAGGGUGCGGUUUGGGUCGCAGGAUCAAGUGUAUCAAAGACCUGCUGAGCAGACUGGGUAUGAUCCUGCGAUGUAUCGGUGA